GAGGAGGAGGAGGGAUCCCCCGCUCUUUCUUCUCGGGACUCGGGGAACGGUGGAGCGUGAGACGGGGGACACCGAGCAGACGCGGAGUAAGGGGUGGGAGACCAGACAAGCACCCCUGCACGGCCUGCCACCCAGGGAGGCCCCUCCCUCUCCCUUGCCCCUCUUGGAGCCGCUCCCACAGCCAUGAUACCAGGAGGUGCCGGUGGAGAAGAAGGCGCAGCAGGAUGGCGAGAAAAACAAGGCGAACGCCAAGGUGACGUCGAAGCGAGAGCCCGCAGAACAUACCUGGGCUCGGGUGCCAAAAACGACGCACCCAACUGAGUGACGGAAAGAACAUCCAUGGCAUGCUGAGUGCUCGCCGUCAGGGUGGCCACCAGAAUCGCGAGAGGCGGGGUGAGGGUGCUGUUCUCGUCGACGCGGAACCUUACGACGACGGUCGGGCCGCCCGGGUUGCACACGCCCGCUGGGGCUCGCUCUGCAGUGUGUUGCCGGGAGGUCGUCCACGGGCUCAGUGCUGCGAGGCGGCACCCUCGGCCGUGACAGCUAGACAGCCACAUCGCGCAUGGUUUGUGCUGCAAGCCCGCUUCUGGCGGCUACGGCGCCAGACGGCGUGAAGUCUGAUGGGGCACACGCUUUGCGAGUGCGCCGCUUGCCCAGCAAAGCAGACUUGAUCAUAUGUUGGCUCCGUGUACCCAACAGUUGUAUGAAAUGUCUCUUCGUCUUUGCGGAUGCCAUUCCGAGGUGAACCAAGAAUGACGGUGGGCUCCAGCUUCGCCUUCCAAAUCUCGCUGAGCAGCACCACGGCCCGCUGGCAUGGUUAACCCUUCCCGCGUGCGUUUACACUGAUGUUGUAUGCCUUGACAUCGGGCAAAUGUUGUGCUUCUCGCAUCUCGCUACGCAGCGUGAAAGCUGGCUGGCACUGCUUGCCCUUGCUGCACGCGCUGAUACCAGUGCUGUUUUUGAUGGUGUUUGCAUGUCGACGGGCGUGCCUGAUGAAUUGCUUGCCCGCUGUGACCCUGACACCGCGCCUCCGAGUCCCAGCAGAACUCCCAAGCUCGGACCAAGCUGAAGCCAUCCCCCUGGUCAAAGCACACAGCCUUCUCGCACGCGCUGACCCCAAUAUCACGUUAGAGCCGGGUUCUCCAGCACAUGAUGGCACCAGCGCCAUAGUGUAUGCUGGUGGACCCCCACAUCUCGCUGAGCGGCACACGAAGCUCGCUGCAACUGCUCGCCUUCCUGCCCUGGCCACAGCGUUCUAUCUGAACGUCGGAGCUUGGCGGCGCGCACAAGGUGUACGCCCCUCUGUACGCAGCUGAGUUCUAGCUGAGCGUCGGAGACCGCCGAAGAGCUGGAAAAUGUGAUCAUGCUGCGGUCCACGCAGAGACUAGGCCUCCCGGAAGCCUCGGCCUGGGUCAAGGAAGAGCCACCCCCCCGGGUCACGGCAAUUGGCUCUCUCGCACGCGCUGACCACAAUGUCACGGAUGUCGUCACCGGCCUCAAGAUUGGCUGCGUACAUGUCGCCGAUGAGCGACAGAGCCCGCUGCCACUGCACGCCUUUCGCGCACGCGCUGAUGCCAACGCUGUAGCUGACUAGACGUCGGCUUGGACUGUCGCCGCCCACAUCUCGCCCUGCAGCUCCAAAGCUCGCUGCCACUGUUCGCCCAUUUCGCACGCGCUGAUCCCAGCGCUGUAGCUACAUUGAUCGCGAACUGAGGCGCCGUCCGUUGCGUUCGCCAUCCGCACCCAGAACGUCGUGUAGAAGCGGCGCCUCCUCGUCCGUCAGCUUUUCGAGCACCUGCCUCCUCCAAUCGCGCUCGUCAAGGCCCUCGGUGAUGAUAUGGUCUGUGUAAUCCUCGCGUCAAGGGUAAUGAUCACUGAAUUCUGCCUCUGGAAGCCGCCAAAAGGACUUUGUUGGGGCCACAGGGCGUCAUGGGAGCCUCUUGGGCCGUAUUGGGGACAUCGUGCGCGGUUUCAGAACGCGCUUGGGCCGCCUCGGGCCGUGUUGGACCGUCAGUGGCCGCUCCAGCAGCCACCAUGGCGGUUGCGAGGGCCCGGUCAGCGCGGCCCCGUGGGGUCGGUUCACUGCCACAAGCAAUACUGUCGCUCGAACUGGACGUGGCAUUGUAGUGGAUGGAGAUUGCGUCGGGAACCAACAUAGCCUCCCGCAUCUCCCUCAGCAGUGCAAGAGCCCGCUGCCACUGCUCGCCCUUUUGGCAGGCGCUGAUCCCUGCGCUGCAACUGAUAAGGUCGGGAUCAAGUUUCGCCUCCAGCAUCUCCCUCAGCAGUGCCAUAGCCCGUUGCCACUGGUUGCCUUUUUCGCAAGCGCUGAUCCCAGCGCAGUAGCUGAUGCGGUCGGGAUCCAAUUCCGCCUCCCACAUCUCCCUCAGCAGUGACAAAGCCCGCUGCCACUGCGCGCACUUCUCGCACACGCUGAUCCCAGCCGCUGUAGCUGAUUGCGUUAGGCUCUAUGCUUUCCUCACACAUCUCGCCCAGCAGCGCAAGAGCCCGCUGCCACUGCCCGCCCUUCUCGCAAGCGCUGAUCCCAGCAUUGUAGCUAUUGCGUUGGGCUCCACUUUCGUUUCCCACAUCUCCCGGAGCAGCGCAAGAGCCCGCUGCCACUGCUCGCCCUUCUCGCAAGCCGCUGAUCCCAACGCUGUAGCUAAUGACGUCAGGCUCUACACUUGCCUCCCACAUCUCGCUCAGCAGCGCAAGGGCCCGCUGCCACUCCAUGCCCUUCUCGAACGCGCUGAUCCCUGCGUUGUAGCUAUUACAACGUCGAGCUCCACUUUCGUUUUCCACAUCUCGCUCAGCAGCGCCAGAGCCCGCUGCCACUGCUCGCCCCUCUGGCACGCGCUGAUCGUAGCGUUGUAGCUGAUGACGCUGAGCUCCACGUUCGUGUUCCACACCUCCCUCAGCAGCGCCAGAGCCCGCUGCCACUGCUCGCCCUUCUCGCACGCGCUGAUCGCAGCGUUGUGGAUAGAUGAUGUUGGGCUCUAGCCUCACCUGCCACAUCUCGCCCAACAGUGCCAAAGCCCGCUGCCACUGCUCGCCCUUUCCGCACGCGCCGAUCCCAGCGCUAUAGGAAAUGACGUUGGGCUCUGGAUUCGCCACCCGCAUCUCCCUGAGCAGCGCCAAAGCCCGCUGCCAUUGGUCGCCCUUCUCGCACGCGCUGAUCCCAGCACUGUAACUAAAUGACGUUGGGCUUCAGCUUCGCCUCGCACAUCUCGCUGAGCAGUGCCAAAGCCAGGUGCCACUGCUCGCCCUUCUCGCACGCGCUGAUUCCAGCGUUGUAACUAUGACAUUGGGCUUAAUCAGCGACUCCCACAUCUCACUGAGCAGAGACAGUGCCCGUUGCCAUUGCCCGCCUUUUCUGCAUGCGCUAACGACCGCAAUGUAGUUGCCUGGGGCAAUCGGCCCCCUCGAUCGAAGUCCUUCGCGGAGCAAAUGCAGUUCCUCACUCCAUUGUUUUGUCCGGCUGUACUUCUUGCUUGUCACCUCGGAGGAAACAGCGCCUUCUCGAGGCCCUCGCCAGACGUCGACCAUCCAAUAACAUGUGGCGUCACGGCGAUUUACAUCCAAUCGGCGGCUUGAUUCCAAUAUAGUUUAAUAUCAACAAGAGUGGAAGGAAAAGGCUUGAGCUCUGUCAUAGCUGCCAACAAGAUCUAUAGCAUGGCCCUUGUCGUUGCCGUUAGCGAGGGGGAGCGAGGAGAAGAGCGGUAAGGACAC